AUGGGUAUCGGCAAGGUUGAUACUGCACCCAAGCCAGGCGGGGACGACCAACUGGCCGCACUCCUCCCUGAUGGCCCAGCAUGGUACAAGCGACCCCAUCUUCUCCGUCUCAAUCUCAUCAUCCUCUCUCUUGUCCUGUUCUCGUCCGCCAACGGCUACGAUGGAUCCCUCAUGAACGGCCUCGAGGCCCUUGACCAGUGGAACGACUUCAUGCAUACCCCAACAGGCGCAAGGCUGGGAUGGCUGAAUGCGAUCUACUGGCUCGGGUGUGGCAUAGGAUACCCAACGGCAGCGUGGAUCGCGAAUCGGUAUGGGCGUAAGCCGGGGGUGUACUUUGGAUAUUCGUUUUUAGCCCUGGGCUGUGCGUUGCAGACUGCCGCCCCCAAUGCUACUGCGUUCAUGCUUGCCCGGUUCUUCCUGGGCAUUGCAUCUGCUCUGUUUGGCAAUUCCGUCCCUCUGCUCAUCAACGAGAUUGCCUACCCGAGCCACCGCGGCAUUUUCAACUCGCUGUUCAUGUCCGGUUGGUACGUGGGCGGAACGGUUGCUGCCUGGGUGGUCUUCGCGUCACGAACAUACUCAACCUCGUGGGCGUGGAGAUUGCCAUCGCUGCUCCAGGCAUUGGUGCCCGUCGUCGGAUUGCCGGGCUUCCUCUUCGCUCCGGAGAGUCCGCGAUGGCUCAUCUCAGUUGGACGAGACGAAGAAGCCCGCGCGAUCCUCACCCGCUACCACGCUGCUGGCGAUGAGUCCUCCCCGCUGGUAGCCUACGAGUUCACCGAGAUCAGUUCGACCAUUCGAGCCGAGCAAGAAGCGCACAGCAGUGCCAGCUACCUUGAUAUGGUCAAGACCCCCGGCAACCGAUGGAGAUUGAUGAUCUCGAUCAGUCUCGGCUUCUUUGCCCAAUGGGCCGGAAACGGGGUCGUGUCGUACUACCUGGCCCUCAUCCUCGACUCCGUUGGCGUGACCGAGGUGCGAGACCAGACGCUCAUCUCGGCGUGUCUGCAGAUGUGGGAUCUCCUCUUCGCUGCGAUCGGAGCAUUCCUGAUCGACCGACUCGGCCGUCGGCCUCUCUUCCUUGCGUCCGCAGCCAUCAUGUUCCUGAGCUAUGUGCUCGUAACAGCACUGUCCGGAUCUUUCAAAGUCACGAACAAUUCCGCUACAGGGGCGGCCGUGAUCCCAUUUCUAUUCAUCUUCUUCGCAGGAUACUGCAUCGCGCUAACACCCUUCCUCACCUCCUACCCGUGUGAAAUUUGGCCCUACCGUCUCCGAUCCCGCGGUCUAACCGUGACAUGGGUAGCCACGAUCGUGGGGAUGUUCUUCAACACGUUCGUCAAUCCGAUUGCCCUGGACGCCAUCGAAUGGAAAUACUACAUCGUGUUCAUUGUCAUGUUGUUGCUGUUCGGCGUCACGGCGUACUUCUUCUACCCCGAGACAAAGGGAUACAGCCUCGAGCAGAUGGCCGUGGUAUUUGAUGGACCGGAUGCGAUGGCGAUGCCGGUGCCGAGGGGUGAGGGAGUGAAUGGGAGUCUGAGUGUGAGUGAGAAGGCGGGGGAGGUGAAGAUGGGGGCUGUUCAUGCGGAGUCGGUUUGA